CGCCCCAUCCCGGUCCCUCCCCGGUCCCUCCCCGCCCCCCCGCCCCUCUCCGCUCCCUCCCGCGCCGCUCCUCGCCGUGCCCGGUGCCAGAGCAGGGGCGGCCAUGGGCAAGGACUAUUACCGCACGCUGGGUCUGUCCCGGGGCGCGUCCGCCGCCGACAUCCGCCGCGCGUACCGGCGGCAGGCGCUGCGCUGCCACCCCGACAAGGAUCGCUCCCCCGGCGCCGAGCAGCGCUUCAAGGAGGUGGCCGAGGCCUACGACGUGCUGAGCGACCCCAAAAAACGGGAGAUCUUCGACAAGUACGGGGAGGAGGGCCUCAAGGGGGGCGCCCCCAGCCCCGGCCCGGGGGGCUCCAACGGCCCCACCUUCACCUACACGUUCCGCGGGGACCCCCACGCCAUGUUCGCCGAGUUCUUCGACGGGCGCAACCCCUUCGACACGUUCUUCGUGCAGCGCGGCGGCGGCGACGACGAGGAGGGCGAGGAGGCGUUCGGCGCGUUCCGCGUGGGCUUCCCGCGGGGCCGCGAGGGGCGGCGGCAGGACCCGCCCGUGCUGCACGAGCUGCGCGUGUCCCUCGAGGAGAUCUACAGCGGCUGCACCAAGAAGAUGAAGAUCUCGCACAAGCGCCUGGGCCCCGACGGGAAGACGCUGCGGAACGAGGACAAGAUCCUGAGCAUCGAGGUGAAGCGCGGCUGGAAGGAGGGCACCAAGAUCACCUUCCCCAAGGAGGGCGACCAGACCCCCAACAACAUCCCGGCCGACGUGGUGUUCGUGCUCAAGGACAAACCGCACGACGUGUUCCGGCGCGACGGCUCCGACAUCGUCUACCCGGCCAGGAUCAGCCUGCGCGAGGCUCUGUGUGGCUGCACGGUGACCGUCCCCACCCUGGACGGCCGCUCCAUCCCCAUGCACUUCCAGGACGUGCUCAAGCCGGGGGUCAAGCGCCGCGUGCCGGGGGAGGGGCUGCCCCUCCCCCGCUGUCCGGAGCAGCGCGGCGACCUCGUCAUCGAGUUCGAGGUCAAGUUCCCCGACCGGAUCCCGCCGGCCUCCAAAACGCUGCUGGAGCAGAUCCUGCCCCUCUAGGGACCCCCCAAAUCCCCCAAAACCCGCCCGGGGCUGGGGGGGGGGGGCUGGACUUGGGGGGACGCGCCCCCCUCCCCCCAAAAAAAAUCCGGGUCUGGGGGCGCCGGGUUCCCGUCCUCACCUCGGGGGGGCUUGGGGGGUCUCAGCCCCCCCAGUCUCCACCUAGGAGGGGUUUGGGGUGUCCUGAUCUCCAAUCUCAGAACCUGGGGGGGAUUUUUGGGGGUCUCAGCCCCCCCAGUCUCCACCUAGGAGGGGUUUUGGUGUGUCCUGUUCCCCAAUCUCAGACCUUGGGCGGGUUUGGGGGGUCUCACCCUCCCCAAUCUCCACCUACAAG